UUCCACUAUCUCAAAAAAAACCAGCAAGGUACAAUCACCCCUUAUAUCCACUAUUCACAGCCCUAUUACAUCUUUCCACCGAUCCUCCCUUCCAUCUAUCCACCAUUCCAUUCAGAUAUAAACAUAUUAUCACCUACAAACCCCCCGAUUCUCUCUUGA